UCCAGCUGCUGCUGCUCUACUAAAGUAACAAAUUCCGACGCAAACUCGAUUUGGAUUGGAGUUGGCUCUUGAUGUUCGCCUUCUUGCGUCAGAAUCUUCAUUCCACUCCUGGUAAGACAGGCGUCUGAAUCUGAAACAAAAGAAGAGCUGCGGACAUUGCACGGACGAGAAGCGUCUUCAUCGACACCACCGUUGGCUGCAGGUCUGGUCCAGACAAACGAAACUAUCUCCCGCACCGGCAACCAUGCCCGAGCAAAAGGGCGGUAGCCAGCCGUCCAGCUCGAAGUACUACGUGAACGCCAGUCCCGAGGACACAGAAUACUCGCUGCCCAAUGCCACCCCGAACGAUGUCGUGCCCGAGCUGUCCGACGUGGCCGACGGCAUCCAGUCCCCCAAAGGGCCGGUCCGGGUCGGAGCCCCCCGGGCUACCGACCGACAGGCGGGGCACGAAACCGCGCCGGACAUAUCGCGCGGCGCGCCCUCGUUCGCGAAGCAGGAUUCCGCAAUAGAGAUUGGACCGGACGGACGGGGGGUCGACAAAGAGUACUUGAAAAAAAUGGAGGAGCGGGAAAGGGGAAAGCAGUACCAGGGCGAAGAGUACAAAGCGAAGUCCAAGGAGAUGACGCAAGACGAACGGAAACACGAAAACAAAGUACAAUCGUUCAUGCAGAAAAAAACCGAAGAUACAGGGUUGCAGCAUCGCCAAGCUGCGCUGAAAACCAUGGAACAGGUACUAAUAGUUGGUAAUGGUGCUAUACGAGAAAGUAUUCGCUUUUGAGAUCUUACAGUUGCUGUGCAGUCUUUCUUGUCGUUAUUUGCAGCUACAACGGCUCUUGCCAACAUAGACUGGAAAAGCAUGGCGAAUCCUCUGUCCUGACUACACGAAAACUCUCUUUUUGUCCGUGCAUCCUCCUGUUUACACAACUCUCUGUUCUUCCUUCAUAUCAAAAACCAUCUUAGGUCGGGGAGCGCGACACCCGAGGAGCGCAGCACAAGACUUACGAAGAGGGCGACAAGGAGAUGCUGAACGCUAUGGACCAGGUGAAACAGGAUAUGGCCGACAAGGGUCAGGAGGGCAUCAAGGAUACCAUGCAAAUGAUCGAGGAGCAACUGGUGGUGGGCAACGGCUUUUGGGCCCGGCUGCAGUACAUGAAGCGGCAGGAGGAGCGGCGGCGCGAGCGGCCCGAAUUCGUACACCCGUUUCCCAAACUGCAACGCAUCGUCACGGUGCCCGCCUUUGAGGCGGUGGUCAUGGUCUUCAUGUUGACCAACGCCGUGACACUGGCUUUGUCCGCGGAACGGCACCCGGGAGGGUUACCCCUGUACCUGAUCAUCAUGGAGCACUGCUUCACCUUCAUCUUCAUGGUGGAGAUCGGCAUGCGAGUCGCGGCGCACGGCUGGCCCUGGAUUCUGGACUUCUACAACAUGUGCGACGUGGCGCUGGUCUUCCUCACCGGGGUGCUCGUCAUGUGGAUCUUGGAACCGGCAGGUUAUAUUCAUUUUCGCACUUGCAGUUGCACCACUUGUACUAUGGCUAUAAGCAGCUGCCCACACAAAUAAUAAGCCCGACGUGCCGAACGUACCACUUGAAUAGUUUAACGAAUUAUCUGUCAGGUGUCUCCUCCGACUUUAUGCGCAACUUUUCCAUCCUCCGUCUGCUCCGUCUGCUGAAGAUGGCUCGCGCCAUCCGUGCAAUUCCGGCUUUCAACCUGAUGUGGCGCAUGCUGCGGGCCUUCCUCGUGUCCGGGCGGCUGUUGUUCUGGUCCAUCAUCGACUUCAUCUUCCUCGCCUUCCUGUUCGGCAUCUUCUUCUGCGUUCUGGUCGGGAAGGAUGACAAUUUGAUCCACGACGACACGGUCGGCGACCUUUUCGGCACCGUGCCGCGGAGCAUGCUCUCCGCGCUGCAGGUUUCCACGCGGUGCCACUGGGCCGACAUCGUGCGCCACGUUCGGGACCGGAACAGCUGGGCGUGGCCGACCGCGAUUUUCUGCAUCAUAUCCGUGAAUUUUGUCCUCUUCAACCUGGUCACCGCCGUGGUGAUUCAGACCGUGUUCGUCAUGUCGGCGAAAGACGCGGACAUCGAAAGAAGACUCCGCGAGCACAAGCGCGUGAAGCAGUGGAAACUCUUGAAGUCGAUUUUCAAGGCCAUGGACAUCGACGGCACCGGGCAGGUCACCGCGGAGGAACUGGACGAAGCGAUGAGGACCAACCUCGCACUGCAGCGGAAAUUGAACGAGAUCAACCUGAACAAGGCCGAGCUCGCGGACCUCUGGUUGAUCCUGGAUACGUCCGGGGACGGCGAACUGGACAUCGACGAGUUUCUGGACGGGAUGCGGCAGAUGGAGGGGAGUGCGAAGUCCUACGACAUGGUGCGCAACAACACGAGAACGAAGACGCUGAUGAAGAGAAUACGAAAGCUCGGGGAGUUCGUGUUCGCCAUCGCGCCGGAGGCAAAGCGGUUGAACUCCGAGCUGGACCGGCUGCACAACAAGAUGAUGGACGUGUUCACCGCGGUCCGCCCGAUGGAAAAAGAGAUUCUGUCCAUCGUCCGACUGUUGGCAGAAGAGUUCAACUACAACACAGACGAGUACGGCAUGCCAACCCUGGACCUCAGCGGCCAGGAAAUGGGGGCGAUGGACUGAGCCAGGAGGGGGAAGUCUUGCUCUUGGCGGAUUAUAGAGAGGCGUAUCCAUUUUUAUGUUUGUUCAUACUGUCGUAUUGGACGUCGAAUUGCUUGUCGCUAGCACCAGCCUCAAGUCCAGACAUAAGAACCACUGGGGGUGUUUAUGUUUGAGUUUGAUGCUGGUUGUUGACAUGAGUUAGUUUUUGUGAGGCUCUACAUACUUAUGCGCAAAAAUUAUGUUCUUCACCACGCCGUGCUGUUUUCUUUUCAAACUGAUUGGUUUUGACAAGAACAUUUUGACAAGAUUGAUUGCACAUCCGCACAU